UCAGUUCAAAUUGGUGAAGGGAGAUUGUCGGAAACCACGACGGAGAAGCACAGAAAUCAUUUGAAAAGGGUGUAAAACAAACCAAGUUAAAUGUAUUAUAUCGGGAACUCAACUUUUUGUCAAAUGUGAUAUCCAUUUUUAAACAAUAUAUUUUUUAUUAAAGCACCCUUAAUUUUCUCUUGCUGAAGAAUCAUGUUGGACUUCUACUAUAUGCUGUACUCGGCACCCUGCCGUUCAAUCUUGAUGACUGCCCAUGCCUUGGGAUUGGAGCUGAACAAGAAGGAGGUCGAUCUGGAUGCCGGUGAUCAUCUGAAGCCCGAGUUCGUCAAGAUCAACCCCCAGCACUCGAUUCCCACUCUGGUGGAUGGAGAUUUUUCCGUCUGGGAGUCGAGGGCCAUUCUAAUUUAUCUGGCUGAAAAAUACGCGAAGGAUGACUCACUGUAUCCCAAGGAUCCCCAGCAGAGGGCCGUGGUUAAUCAACGUUUGUUCUUCGAUCUGGGCACCCUCUACCAGAGCUAUGUCUACUACUACUAUCCCCAGUUGUUUGAGGACGUAAAGAAGCCGGCUGAUCCCGAGAAUCUGAAGAAGAUCGAUGCAGCCUUCGCUAUGUUCAACACCCUUUUGGAAGGUCAGCAGUACGCCGCCCUAAACAAGUUGACUCUAGCCGACUUUAGCCUCCUGGCCACUGUAUCCACUUUUGAAAUCUCAGAGUACGACUUUGGAAAGUAUCCGAAUGUGGUCAGGUGGUACGAUAAUGCCAAGAAAGUCAUUCCCGGCUGGGAGGAGAACUGGGAGGGCUGCGAGUACUACAAGAAAUUGUAUCUGGGCGGCAUUUUGAACAAACAAUGACUUGGCUCUAAUUAACAAUCUUCAAUGUACAUCAUGACGAAUUUAAAGCACUAUUUCAAUAAAGAGUGUACUUGGUCGCAUUAUUAAGAGAAUAAUGGUCAAAGA